AUAAUCUGGCAACGUUGGUCAAAAGAAGAAGAAGAAGAAGGGAACGAGGAACGGACUGGCCCUUUCCACCCGGCCCAGCGCUGCACGAGGUCUGGACGCCUACCACAGUCACCAUGGCGCUAGAACUUGCUCACGAGAACAUCUGGUUUGACAAGUGGCGUGUGGACGAUGCUGAGCGGCAGUUUUAUGAGACCAAGUCUUCGCCUGCCCUGGGACUGUCCUGUGCGAGGCAGCCUUGCACAGGGCGGAUGUUAGGUCUGGACUCCCAGUGUGGGUUGGAGAGUCAAGGAUGCGAGUCCACCUCAGCGGACAAUGAGUGUUCCCGGCUCCCCCAGCAGGCAACUUCCCCCAGCGGCAGCCAGCCCAGCGAGGUGGAAGGCUCGGGCCUGGGAUCUGUGGCCAGUCAGAUUGCUAAGGCGCGGCAGGAAAUAAAGAAUUCCCUUUCUGCUAGUCAUGCUGGUGGCAGCAUUGGCAGCCAAGGGUCUGCUGAUGUCUUAAACCGUCUCACAAAGCUUGAGUCCCAGAAUUCUGUCCUGACCAAAACUGUGUCAGCCUUGGAGAAAACAGUCAUCCAGCUCACUAAGAGGUUGGACUCUUUAGACCAUGGAGGCAAGACUACAGUUAGUGCUACCACCUCCACCUCAACCCCUGUCCAGAACAACAAGCAAGCAGAGGAAGAUGACGACGAUGAUGAAGUCGACCUCUUUGGCUCUGAUGAUGAUGAGGAGGAAGAUGAAGCAGCAGCCAAGGUGAGGGAGCAGCGCCUCAAAGCAUAUGCAGAGAAAAAGUCCAAGAAGCCGGGUCCCAUUGCCAAAUCCUCUGUCCUGCUUGACUGCAAACCUUGGGAUGAUGAGACUGACAUGGGGGUGAUGGAGAAAGAGAUCAGAAAGAUUGAGAUGGAUGGGCUUAUCUGGGGUGCUGCUAAGUUGGUCCCACUAGCAUAUGGAAUUCAGAAGCUCUCCAUCCUGUGCACAGUUGAAGAUGAGAAAGUCUCUAUAGAUGACCUCUCAGAGAAGAUCCAAGAGAUUGAAGACUACGUCCAGAGUGUUGAUAUUGCUGCAUUCAACAAGGUCUAAGUUAUGCAUUCCAGUGCUAAGAUAAAUUAAUUAAAUUUCUGUACCUA